AUGCUACAUUUGGAUUCUUCCUGUUUGAGGCAAGUUAGGUUCUCUUUAAGAAAAAGCAAGAAAGAUGAUAAUGGUGGUGGUUAUGACAAAGAUAUUAGGAGAGUACACGGCAGUGUUGACGAGGGUCAGAGAGCGCCUCCUUCCACGCCAUGGCAUAAGUUUUGGUGGUCUCAGGAGGAACCAUCGUUUUGCUGCCUCAACCUCCUCAGAUUCAACUUCUUUUAUGGUUUACUUUUAAUCACAGUGGUCAGAAUAGAAACUUUGUUUAGCUCUUUUCAUGUUUUAGAGGAUAAGAUAUUUGUUUAUUGCAUAAUAAAUUGGUUCUGUGAGGACACUGAGGAGCUUCAGAAGAAUUGGCAAUAUAAAGUGAGGCAUGGAAAGCAAAUUGGAAGUGUGGAGGAAGUGAGAGGCACUAUACUCCAUGGACUUAUUGUGAAAACUGAGACCCGCAUAAGGGAACAUGAUGCUUGA